AUGGACCGAUCGUAUUUGGACGUGACCGAGCCGUACGUGAACGAGGCGCCUAUCCAGGAAAUGUUUUUACACUCGUUUUUACCGUUCUCCAGCACGGCUAUAAACAAAGGUGACGAGAUACGUAUCCCUAUACAGAACAGAGACGCCGUCACACUGCCUAGCGAGAGUUUUAUCUACAUCGAGGGCAAAUUGAUAAAACCGGCCGAUCUGUUGACCGAAGUCACGUUUUGCCAGAACGGUUUGAUUAAUUUGUUUAACGAAAUCAAAUAUGAAAUUAACUCCGUGGAAAUACAACGCGUUAAACGACCGGGUGUGAGCAGCUCGUUGAAAGUUUACUGUUCUUAUACGCCCGCGGACGUAAACUGUUUGCAAAACGCUACUUGGGACGAUGCGGAUUCGAAUAGAAAAUUUAUAAAAGACGGCACGUUUACCGGAUGUAUCCCGCUGAAACACGUUCUGGGAUUCGCCGAAGAUUAUAAUAAUGUUUUGAUAAAUUGCUCGCAACAAUUGAUCUUGAACCGGGUGACAGACGAUCUGGGAUCGUUGACGUUUUUCUUGAAAGGUAGUGAAGUUUUGAGCGAUGCGACUGUUCAAGCCAAAGUGAAAUUAAUCAAAAUAGAACUGACAAAAGUCAUGUGGAAGGUUCCCGUGGUCAAGGUCAAUGACAGAGAGAAGUUAAAACUGUUGAAAAUUAUCGAUUCAAAAAAAACGAUAAACUGUGCGUUUAGAAAUUGGGAACUAUGCGAAUAUCCUAAUAUACCGCAGACGAGAAAACACUCGUGGAUGGUGAAAACCUGUUCGCGUGUAGAGAAACCACGAUGUUUGAUAAUCGCUUUUCUGCGCAAAGACUCCAGUCAUAUGGCCGAGGAAUUCGCCUCAGACUUUGACGCGUGUUCACUGACCAACGUGAAAGCAUAUAUAAACUCGGUAGAAUACCCGUACGAGAAUUACAACGAGAGCUUCGACAAAGACCAGUUUACAAUGUUCUAUCAAGGAUAUGUGGAUUUUCAAAAAUAUUACUACGAGCGCAUGACCGCCCAACCGUACCUGAGUAAAGAAAAGUACAAAGAACUGGGUCCGUUCAUAUGCAUCGACUGUUCGCGUCAAAACGAUGACGCUAAAACGUCUACUAUCGAUUUGAGAAUCGAAUUCGAGGCUGCGAAUAACUUCCAGGCCGACACUUCGGCGUUCUGUUUGCUCAUUCACGACCGAGUCAUUCAAUACAACCCGUUCUCGGGGGAAGUCAGAAAAAUUUAA